UUUCCUUCUCACGCGCCUUGUGUCCUUCACAACCCUAACCGUAUAACAGUACCAAUGGCUCUGACUUCCUCGAUAACCGUACGAAAAGCAGGCAGCGUUGUGCAAUUCGAAGGGGUCGUGAUUGUAUAGGUCCAGUUCAGUGAUCAAAUCAGAACCUUAGAAAUCCCCAUCACGGUUCGCGUUCUUGUUGGUUAGAUAGUAGCGGAGGAGAAGCUCUUCCGAGGGGUAGAACCGGCAACCGGGUGGGAGUGAAGCACGCUGAGAGUGAGAGUGAGGUUCCUCGUCUUCCAUUGGGUUAGGGUUUUUUUUUUUUUUGGGAUUUAGGAAACAGAGAAGAAUGAGAGUGUGAGAGUGUGAUUUUGUAAUUGUGAGAAUCGUGCUCAGCAAGCUUCUCGCACUCCCGCCGAUGACUGUGAGUGAGGGACUUGGCGUGUCUUAAUUGGCUGUGACAACAGCAUAAUACAUGUUGCUAAGAUCCAUGCGCGAGGCAAUCGUUGUAGGUCUUGUGAGAUGGAAAUCGUUGAUGAUGUCUUAUAUCUCUUCGCCUUUUCUGUUAUGCUUUGCUCUGAUGUUGACGAUGGCUAUUAUAAAUCUUCAUCGACUAUGAUUUCUUUGAUUAAUCAGGUUACAAGAUGGAAGGAGAUUGGACGGUAAAGUGGUAAAUGCUGAUAUGCAUUCAGAUAUUGCUAUUGUGAAGAUCAAUUCUGAAACCCCACUACCAGAAGCAAAACUUGGUUCUUCAAGUACGCUUCGUCCUGGGGAUUUGGUAAUAGCCAUGUCCUGUCCGCAUUUCCUUCAGAAUACUGUCACUUUGGGCAUUGUAAGUUGUGUUGACCGGAAAAGUAGUGAUUUGGGUUUUAAUGGCACGCCAAGAGAGUAUUUACAAACAGAUUGUGCAAUCAAUGAGGGAAAUUCUGGAGGACCUCUUGUCAACAUGGACGGAGAAAUUAUUGGUGUGAACCUCAUGAAAAUGAUGGCUGCUGUUGGGUUGAGUUUUUCUGUACCAAUCGACUAUGUGCCUAAAAUUAUAGAGCAUUUCAAGAAAAAUGGUUGUGUUGACCGGAAAAGUAGUGAUUUGGGUUUUAAUGGCACGCCAAGAGAGUAUUUACAAACAGAUUGUGCAAUCAAUGAGGGAAAUUCUGGAGGACCUCUUGUCAACAUGGACGGAGAAGUUAUUGGUGUGAGCCUCAUGAAAAUGAUGGCUACUGUUGGGUUGAGUUUUUCUGUACCAAUCGACUCUGUGCCUAAAAUUAUAGAGCAUUUCAAGAAAAAUGGUUGUGUUGAUCGGAAAAGUAGUGAUUUGGGUCUUAAUGGCACGCCAAGAGAGUAUUUACAAAUAGAUUGUGCAAUCAAUGAGGGAAAUUCUGGAGGACCUCUUGUCAACAUGGACGGAGAAGUUAUUGGUGUGAGCCUCAUGAAAAUUAUGGCUGCUGUUGGGUUGAGUUUCUCUGUACCAAUUGACUCUGCCUAAAAUUAUAGAGCAUUUCAAGAAAAAUGGGAGAGUAGUGCAGCCUUGGAUUGGGCUAAAGGGGCUUGAUCUUAACGAGAUGAUUAAUGCGCUGCUUCAAAAGAUAGAUGCUUCAUUCCCUAACGUGGAUAAGGGCAUUCUUGUAUCAAUGGUAUGUCCCGAAUUGGUCCUUUCUAUCUAUCCUACUUUUUUACACACUCUACUGUGCCAGUAUGAGCAAAUGGCCCUUGAAAUUGUAUUUGUGUAAUUUUUCAAAGUCUACAUUCACUGGACAUAAUCUUUAUGCUUUUUUUUGGGAGACAAAUCAGUUGCAAAUAUGUUGGCAACAAGUAAAGGAUUUUUGUUGAAAUUAUCUGCCUUCUUUGAGGGCAAUGCAUUGGCCAAUAAAUAAUAUUUCUUUUUGUUAGGAUGUCAACUUUCCAAAGAGACUAUUUUAGUGAAGCAGUGGUCAGUUCACGCUUUCACAAGCUUGAUAUAUGUAGCAGGCUGCUUUCUUGAACAAUGGCUCUUUGUGGAUUUUGGGGAUCCUGAAUUAGGGAUGGAUGUUGUAUAUUUGUGAAUGAUAAUGGAUUAAUAAACUAGGAAACUAGGAAAUAGUAACCUAGAAAACUGAGAAACCAUGAGCUAUACAAUGCUUAAUUUGUUAAUGCAGAAGUUAAAGAAUGGAAAGACUACUAGAGGCCACUUCCUGCACUUUCUGAUCAUGUGGCAAAUGUGCAAUUCUCUAUUUGAAUUGGUUUUUCUUAAUUUAUGUUAUUCAUUGUAAUUAUCCUCUGCAUGGAAUUGUUUCUUUUCUGGAAUAAUAUGCACUGCAUUCACUAAUGCAAGGCAACCAUUAGAAUUCUUGAAAUUACACGACUUAAAAGAUUUUGACUAGGCAACUCCCGGGUCCCCUAGUGAUUAUGCUGGGUUCCGUCCAGGCGAUGUUGUCGUUGAAUUUGAUGGGAAACCUGUCGAAAGCAUGAAUGAGGUAUUGUGAUAUUUUGUAUAUUAUUAUUUAAUUUUUAUUCUAAUUUUGCUUUUGAAGUGAGAUGAUUUGGUAGAAAAUACAAUUGGACUAUAAUUUGAUGUCUCUUUGGAGUCCUUGGGCUAUAUUUGGAUUGAUGAAAAGGAACGGAAUGCUGGGGAAUGGAGGGGAAUGCAAUGUGAACAUGAUGGAAUUUGUUCCAUUCCAUCCAAUACCUUCUUUUUCUUUCCUCCCAAGUUGAGGGGAUAAGAUGGAACCAUUCUAAUAAAGAUAUUGCUCCUGCCAUUCCAUCCACUUUCCAAACAUUGGAAUGGACUUUUUAUUCUGUUCCAUUAUGAAAUAUCCAAACAAUAGUAUGAUAUCAUUAGGUAUCCAAACAUAUCCUUAUUGAACGUGUUUUAAGCUUAUUAAACGUGUUUAGUUGAAAGUUUUGUUUACUUAAACCUAGUGCUAAUAUUAAAAGGCAAAAUUGUGAAUAAAAAUUUAAAUGAUUCCAUAGGUAUUUACUCUUCAAGAAAAAUAAAUUCAAUGAAAGAAUGUAAUUUAUAUUUUGUGGGAAUAACUUUGUCUUGGUAUGGAGAAUCUUGAUUUGUUAUUGAAAAGCUUUAUACUUUUGCUGCAGUUGAAUUUACUGUAAUCUCCACGGUCUGUCAAGUGUUUCUUGAAUUCAUUCUUCAUUGUGAUGAAAUAUGCCUGUUUAUAUAUUCUCACGAGAUAUAAAACUAUGGCAGGUAAUUGAAAGAAUGGGGGACAAAGUUGGGGUGCCCAUGAAGGUACUAGUUAAAAGAGGAAGUGAUAAAUUGGUGACUUUAACUGUGAUCCCGGAGGAAGCCAAUCUUGAUGUGUAAAAGGUAUACACACAAAAAGACACACAUAAAAGGGGGUGUCAUUUUUUCCCUUUUUCUUAUCUUUGUCAUAAAAGGAGUUGCUUGAGUUAAUGGAUGCAAAGGAGGCAGGACACUCAUAUGUGAGAGCAAAAAGAGGAUCAAGCUGGAUAAAUAAAGUUGUAAGCAAUUAUGGGUAUGAUUUCUUAAGGAGAAACUCUAGAGGACCAACUUAUGCUUUAAGUAUACCUCAUGUAUCUACAUUAGAGGUGGGCAUGAUCUAUCAUGUCUGAGUUUUGGCUAGUAGUUUUCUAGUUUAGUUUUGUAACUAGUGAUUUCUGUGUUAGAUCAACCUUAUACAUGUGAUAAAUGGUGGCAUUUUGUACAGUGACCCUCCAAGUUUCCUAUAAGUAAAGUGCUGCCAACCUAUGUUUUUCACCUUUUAUUUUGUGUCUUCUUGGUACAUAAAUAAACUGUCUGCAGGGAUUACUUUGCCCAAUAUCUUUGCUCUUCUCGUCCUAGCAUGAAUCUGAAAUGUAGAUCCAGUUCAAGUU